AUGGACACAGACGAGGACGCGGCGGCGGCCGCCCGCUCGAGUCGGCUCGAGCGUGGCUGCGGCUUUGUGCAGCGGCUCCUGGGCUGGCCGCCGAAGCCAGCAGAGGGAGCAGUGGGAGGGGGAGCUCUCGGCGGCGUGGGUGUCAUGGCACCCGCUUCUUCCAAGCUGCCCGAGUCCACGCUCGAGGUCAAGCUGGACGCGAGCCUCCGCAGCGAGCGGCACACGCGCGUCUUUGGCAGACGCAACUCCCACGAGGUCUUCGGGCACGUGCUUCGGCGCUCGUCCUCGUCGUGGCAGCGCGGCGGCCCGCUCUCGCCGCCCGGGCAGCUGGUGCGGAUGGGCUCCUCCUUCGUGGACGUGAGCCAUCCGUCCGGCGAGGGCGGCGCCAGCCUCUUCUCGAGCAUCCUCAACAUGGCCAACACAAUCAUGGGCACCGGCCUCCUCGCGCUGCCGCGCUGCAUCUCGCUCGCCGGCCUCGUGCCGGGGCUGCUGCUCAUCGUGCUGAGCGCGCUGAUCAACGUGGGGACCAACGUCUUCCUCUCGGACGCCGCGGCCGUCGGCGGCCACCCCGCCUCCUUCAACAAGCUCGCCGUCGCCGCGGGCGGGCCUGCGCUGGCGCUUGUGACGGACGCCGCCGUGGUGGCAAACGCGCUCGGCGCAGGCAUCAGCUACGCGAUCGUCGCCGCGGAUGGCUUGACGCUGGGCAUGCCGCUGCUGCUGGGCGCCGCGUCCCCCGGCCACCAGGCGUGGGUCCUCGUGGUCGCCGCCAUCAUCACGCCCCUCUCCCUGCUCCGCUCGCUGGACGCGCUGCGCCUCACCUCCCUCCUCGCCGUGCUGAUCCUCGGCGGCAUCUCCGGCCUCGUGCUCCUCUACGCCCUCCCGGCGAGCGGCCCUGCCGCCGACCUCGACCCGUGCCCUGCCGAUGGGACCGCCUCGCCCGUCUCGUGUCCGCCGGGCGAGGUGCGGCUCUUCACCUCUCCGGCGGGCGUUCUCGCGGCGCUGCCCACCCUGGUCAUGGCAUACGGAUGCCAGAUGUCCACGCCAACUCUGUGGAACGAGAUGGAGCGGCCGACGCGGCCGCGCAUGCUCGCGCUGUACGCCAGCGCCCUCGGCACCGCGAUGCUCCUCUACCUGCUCGUGGGCGGACUCGGCUACGCCACCUUUGGCGACGCGGUCGCCGGGAACAUCCUCAAGUCGUACCCGGCCACCCUCGCCGUCGGGGCGGCACGGCUGGGCCUCGCCCUCGUGGCGCUAGCGCUGCGCCAGUCGGCGGCCUCGAUCGCGUCGGAGCUACGCGCGUGCGGCGGCGCGGGGCGGAGGAGGGCGCCGGCGAGGGCCGUCCGGCAGAGCCCCCUCCCCGAGCCCGCGCCGGCAGCGCCCGAAGGCCUCUUCGAGCUCAGCCCACACCUCGCCACCCCGACCGCCGGCUUUGUGCUCGUCGCGACGGCGCUCGCCGCGGCCGGCGUGCAGAUCGGCAUCGUGGUGGACGUGGCGGGCUCGCUCGGCGCAUCCACCGUCUCCAUCAUUUCGCCGGCCAUCAUCUACGCGCGCACGUUCCCGCACGACCGCUUCGUGCCGCUCGCGCACUGCGCGGUUGCCCUCGGACUCUUGGUGAUGGUCACGGGGCUGGCCGGUGUGCUGAGUCCGACGCAAUGA